AUGGCGGAGCGGCUGACCCGUAUCGCCAUCGUCAGCGAGGACAAGUGCAAGCCCAAGAAGUGCCGCCAGGAGUGCAAGAAGAGCUGCCCCGUCGUCAAGACCGGGAAGCUUUGCAUUGAAGUGACUCCGGCGUCGAAACUCGCUUUCAUUUCUGAGGAGCUGUGCAUCGGUUGUGGUAUCUGUGUAAAGAAAUGCCCAUUUGAUGCCAUUGAAAUCAUCAACCUUCCAAAAGACUUGGAAAAGGAUACCACUCACCGAUAUGGGCCUAAUACCUUCAAGUUGCACAGGUUGCCUGUCCCGAGGCCUGGUCAGGUUUUGGGCCUUGUUGGAACAAACGGAAUUGGGAAGUCGACAGCUCUUAAAGUGUUGGCUGGCAAGCUGAAACCUAACUUGGGGCGCUUCAAAAACCCGCCCGAUUGGCAGGAAAUUCUUACAUACUUCCGUGGGUCUGAACUUCAGAACUACUUCACACGCAUAUUGGAAGAUAACCUGAAGGCAAUCAUCAAACCUCAGUAUGUUGACCACAUCCCAAAAGCUGUUCAAGGGAAUGUAGGACAAGUACUUGAACAGAAGGAUGAGAGGGAUAUGAAAGCUGAACUGUGUGUUAACCUUGAAUUAAACCAAGUUAUUGACCGAAAUGUAGGAGAUCUUUCUGGUGGUGAGCUCCAGAGAUUUGCAAUAGCCGUUGUUGCUGUGCAAAAUGCAGAAAUCUACAUGUUCGAUGAACCAUCAAGUUACCUUGAUGUGAAGCAGAGGCUGAAAGCCGCACAAGUCAUUAGGUCCUUGCUUAGGCCCAACAGCUAUGUCAUCGUUGUGGAACAUGACCUGAGUGUCUUGGAUUACUUGUCCGACUUCAUUUGCUGUUUAUAUGGCAAGCCAGGUGCUUAUGGUGUGGUUACCUUGCCAUUCUCGGUCCGAGAGGGUAUCAAUAUUUUCUUGGCUGGAUUUGUUCCAACAGAAAAUCUUCGGUUCCGAGACGAAUCUCUUACCUUUAAGAUUGCAGAGACUCAAGAAAGUGCUGAGGAGAUUGAGUCAUAUCAGCGGUAUAAGUACCCUACUAUGAGCAAAACACAGGGAAAUUUCAAGCUUACUGUUGUUGAGGGUGAAUUUACUGAUUCCCAGAUUGUUGUUAUGCUUGGUGAAAACGGGACAGGGAAAACUACAUUCAUUAGAAUGCUGGCUGGGUUGUUGAAGCCAGACACAGUGGAAGGAACUGAUAUUGAAAUUCCUGAAUUCAAUGUGUCUUACAAGCCCCAAAAGAUUAGCCCGAAAUUCCAGAAUACCGUGAGGCAUUUGCUGCAUCAGAAAAUUCGGGAUUCCUAUAUGCACCCUCAGUUUGUGUCUGAUGUAAUGAAACCACUGCAAAUUGAACAACUCAUGGACCAGGAGGUUGUUAAUUUAUCAGGUGGAGAGCUCCAAAGAGUUGCCAUAUGCCUCUGCCUUGGAAAGCCUGCAGAUAUCUAUCUGAUUGAUGAACCAAGCGCGUAUCUUGAUUCGGAGCAGCGUAUUGUUGCCUCAAAGGUUAUCAAGAGAUUCAUUCUUCACGCGAAGAAAACUGCAUUUAUUGUUGAGCAUGAUUUCAUCAUGGCAACAUACUUGGCUGACAAGGUCAUUGUUUAUGAGGGGCAAGCUUCUAUUGACUGUACUGCCAAUGCACCACAGUCUUUAGUAUCUGGGAUGAAUAAAUUCUUAUCGCAUCUUGACAUUACUUUUAGAAGAGACCCGACCAACUAUAGGCCACGUAUAAACAAGUUGGACUCUACAAAGGACAGGGAACAGAAGUCAGCCGGGUCCUACUACUACCUCGAUGACUAA